ACCGUAUUGGCAUGACGAUCGGACCGAAAAUAUUGCUGCUAAUUUCGUUCUCUCUAUUAGUAGCAUUGUACGGCAAUCUGCUUUGCUUUGCCGAAGUUUCUUAUCACACAUGCAAAGUGCGCGCGAAAAUAGGAAAAAUGGAUAUAGAAGAUUUUGAAAAGAAACGUCCUGCACGAAGCAUAAACGGAGAAUGCUUUCGGAUUUGCUACGCCCUGAUGACGAAUACGAAGUAUUACACUAGAUCCUGUUUGGCUGGCACAACGAAUUAUUCUCGCUGGUUCACCAUAUUUGGAUGUCCGCAAGAAAUCAGAAAUCCUAUUUUGAUCGCGGAUGGCAUCAUUCCCGAUGAAUUCACAACCAAAAGGCCAACUAAUCUUUGUCCUGGCUGGAAGUAUCCUGCCGAUUAA